AGCCCCCUAUAAUUCCCCCUGACCCCCCCACUUCCUUUUAUUUUGGCGGGGGGGGGGUGAAAAAAUAUAUAUAAAUUAGAAUUUAUAAGUUAGAAUUAACUUGCCUGCCGGAAUGCAAAUGACACCAAUGCCUUUCUCUUUCCCCCCUCCCCAAAUUCACCCCUGAAAUGGAAGCCACCAAGGCUGCCUAAUGUCUAUUUCCCCCCCCUUCCCCCUCCAAAAAUUUAAUAUUGAUCAUAAUUAUUGAGGCUUCUUUUCCCUUCCUGAGCAAUUAAACUGAGAAAAGGAACUGGUGAAGUGGAAAUUAGAUGAAUUCAACCCCCCCCCCUUUUAUCCCUGUAAUUGAAGGAUAAUUCAAUUUUGCUCAUUCCCCUCCCCUCCAAAAAAAUUAAAAUUAUUGAGACUUCUUUGGUCUGCCUUCCUCGGGAAUUCUAUGAGAAAUGCAUUUAUAUCCAUGAUGUGGCUAUUCAGUCCUUUAAAGGGCCACUUUCCCACUCCUGCCCCCCCCCAAAAAUUGAAUUUACCAGUGUAUAACUAGAGAAUCCAUUCCUUUUUUUCAUGCAUCAGAAAUGACAGGGGUCAGCCUUAUUGCUAUUCAUUUUUCCGCUUUUUAUUUUAACUAAGGGCUGUUACAGUUGUGUGGGAUUUUUCCAUGUAGUUCCCUAUUUCAGAGACCCCCAAAUAUCCCAUUGGGAGAGUCCCAUUUCCCCAUCAGCCUUAGAGAUAGAUGAUCCGAUUCCAAAAUGCCAUCCUAAACCUCAGCCUGCCAUCUCUGGCUUCCUUUUGGCACAAACCUAACCCUGAUUUCUGGAUUUCAAGUCCAGAAAUACCAAAUGAGAUGCUGUCGUAGGCUCAGUCCCCCGGACUUCGUCUGAAGACCCCUGAUCUGGCUUGUGGUCUUCAUCCUCGGGCCCUCCUACAGCCAUGUCGUCUCCUCCGGCCCCUCCAGCUAAAAAACGGAAGAUGAACUUCUCCGAGCGGGAGGUGGAGAUCAUCGUGGAAGAACUCGAACGGAGCAAGCACCUGCUCAUCAACCACUUCAACGCCGGCGUGCCGCUGACCGUCAAGGCCGCUGCUUGGCACAACAUCCUGCGACGGGUCAACGCGGUGGCCACCUGCCGCCGGGAGCUGCCGGAGGUGAAGAAGAAGUGGUCGGACCUCAAGACGGAGGUGCGGCGCAAGGUGGCCCAAGUCAGAGCUGCUGUGGAAGACGGUGGCAAUGACCAGGAAGGAGGCGGGGAAGGCCAGGAAGCGGAAGAAGACGCAACAGGGACCUCCGCUGCCCCAGUGAUUCUCACCCCCAUGCAGCAGCGCAUCUGCAACCUGCUGGGAGAAGCCACCAUCAUCAACUUGCCCGCGGGAAGCUGCACCGGCCCCCAUACGUCGGAAAUACCCAUUACCGCUGCCGCAACCACCGUCACCCUUACACAGAUUCCAGCAGAGAUGACCUACCACAGUCUGGAAGACGGGGUGGUGGAGUACUGCACCACCGAAGCCCCCACCACCGUCGCCGCCGAAGCCCCCUUGGAGAUGAUCACCCAGCAGGCCGAUGUCUCAGCCAAGCCCCAGGAGCUGAAAAACAGGAUCGCUCUGAACUCCGGCAAGCUCCUGCAGGAGCAGCGAGUCACCAACCUCCACGUCAAAGAGAUUGCCCAGCACCUGGAGCAGCAGAGCGACCUGCUGCAGAAAAUCCGCCACUCUCAGGAGGUGCAGGCCUGCGCGCAGGAACGCCAGGCCCAAGCCAUGGAAGGGAUGCAGGCCGCGCUCAACGCCCUCAUCCAGAUCGUGCACCCGGUGAUUAAGGACUUCCGCCGUUUUUUGCAGACCAACACCCCCGUCGCUCCUUCGGGGACCGCCGAUCCGAGCCAAGUGACCCAGAACGGACAGGACAGCCUCAUUCAAUGAACUUUGGAAUAAGGAAAGUCUUCUAAACCCAGUCUUGGCCCGGGAAGACUGGGUGCCCUGUUUUGUGGUUUAGAAGCCAAAAACUUCGCUCAGGAUUACUUAACCUGGCUCAGCCUCUGUCCUUUUUUUUUUUUUUAAUCGUUUACGCAGUUCCUUGAACUGACUCUGUUAGGCAUAAACCCUAACUUGGAUUUUAAAGGAAAAGAUUGGCAAAUAGAUUUUGAUAUAAACACAAAGCAGCUUUUCUGUCUCUUUUCUUUUUUCUAAAUUGGUCCAAAAGUUGCUGUUUCCACGAUUCAGGCUGGGAGAGACAGGUGACAGCCUUUGCCAUCCUACUUAAGGAAUUCUUGGAAAAGAAAUCCCAGUUCAGAGAAAGGAGACCAGGUUGAAAAAGGCUGGUAGCAAAGUAAGCGUGAAUCAUUGUAGACACCGUAGUGUAGGAGAUCCUUGAAUUGUGUGGCUGGGAUGGGUUGAUCGCUUAAAUGGGAUUUCUAAGCAUUCCUACGCCACACUGAUGAUGCUGUGGUGCCUGGACUGACACACAUUCUGAUCACAAACACGAGCAUUAUGAGAGAUGAUAGGAUGGACCUUAGUUGAUUGAAUGAGACACUCCGAAGCCACAGCAAGAAAGUCAUUCUGGCUUAAUACAAUGCACUCAGCCAUCACUUUGUGGAUGGAUGCUUGUUGCAUUUGGCCGUCUAUACAACAGGUCUACGACAAAAACUUACAAAUCCUGUUUCAGAGGUUUCCCAGUAUCUGAAGCUUUAAAAAACAGAGCAGUAGGGAAGACUGUUUUUUCAGUAACUUGGAUCUGAAAGAUGAAAUAGUCCAGAUGUCCUAUAUAUUUCCUGGUGUUUAUGCUACCUGCAGGGGGCAUAAUACCCCCACGUUUCUAUCUUUGAAAACUAGUAUACUGUUAAGCAUAAAGCCCUGGGGCUCCCCACAUUAAAAUAAAUCUAAAAGGCCAUUAACUGAGAACUUUGUUCCACCAUCAGCCACGUACACCGUGACAAAUGAACACCGCAGUGUCAAAACGAUGGAUAAGCAAGAAGCUACAUUCGUACUUCUGGUCCUUUUAUCCUCACGUAGUCCGAAUGAGAAAAAGAACAUUUUUUAGACUGGCCAACUCUCUCCUAAAAUAAUUAGAUGAAACAAAUGCCACGAAGUGUGGUUUUCGUGCCUGGCCUGGCAUUCCUUAGGUCCCAGAUAGGACUUUCUCUUCCGUGAUGUUCUAUCUAUAUAGGAAUAAAAAAGAGAGAACAAUCUGCGGUGUCAGAAUUUGGCCGGUCACAAAGUCUAGCUUUCUCUUCUAGCUUUGCAGCACAGUCUACUGUCGUAAGAGGGUAGAGUACAAUUAGAUUUAUAAGAAAUAUACCA